AUGUUUCAUGCUGAUGCCCAUAAGCUAAUCCAAGAAAUCAGGGUCAUGCAGAUGGAAACUAGCCUCCUAGGUGCUCCAUUUAGCAAUGAUGCACUAUAUGCUGUGCUCCAGAGGUGCACAAUUCAACACCCGAUCUACAAGGAAACAGUCACCACAGUUCACCAAGUCAGUUUCGAUGCCCUAGCAAUGGCUUUGACCACACACCAGUCUUCAAUGGAGAAUGUACCUGGUCAGAAAGUGGACCCAUGGCAAGCAAGUGCCAGAGUUGCUGGAAGCAACGAAGAGCAGGCUGAUGAUACUGAGUCAGACAUGGGCAGCACGAGGACCACAACCAGACCAAAGAGAAUUUGUUGCUGGCUCCCAAAGUCAGAAGAAACCACAUGUUGGAUCUUGGACUCAGGAGUGAGCUAUCACAUGGUUAAUGACCACAGUAUGCUCAUUCAUCCAAGAAACUGCAGAAAGUGCAUGUAUACUGCCAGAAGCGAAGUACUGGAAGUGACUGCUGUGGGAGAUGUCAGCAUAGAAACAGAACAUGGAGACGUACAUCUCCAAAAUGUAUUAUAUGUUAAAAGGCUCAAUAUUAACCUGUUGUCAACCAACUCACUAAUGGAUGAGGGAGCAUGUGUGACCUUAGACCCCACAGGCAGGCAAAUACACCUGGCAAAUGGUGUGCUAUUGAAAAUAGUGAAAGAUCGCAAGCAUGGACUGUUGGAAUUCAGAGGCAAUACAUGGCAACAAAGCACAAUGACUACAUCAACACCACUGUUUGAAGGCAUUGAUGAAGAGUUCGAGCUGGUCAAUCAGAGACAAAAGGUUUCCACAAGACAGCUCUGGCAUGAGCAUCUAGGACAUCCAGGUCGAGACAAGUCCAGAGUGAUUAUUGAUAAAUUGAAAGGUGAACCUGUAGCAGCAUUGGACCCAGAUACAGCUCUGACAUGUGAGCAGUGUAUACAGUCCAAAAGUAUGGUUGCCCAGAUGGGGCAAGGUAGUGGCAAAACAGCUGCAGGGCCCCUAGAUCUUAUCCACAUCAAUCUGAUCAUAGACUCAUCCCACGUAACAGAAUAUACAUGCACAUUAGUGCUGGUUGACAACUAUAGCAAUUUCAUCCCUAGAGACACAGACAGACAGGAAGCUGAAAGCUAUCCAAUCAGAUCAAGGAACCAAAUGGAAAGCAAUGAAGCAUUAGAAUGGUUACUAGAAAAGGGCAUUGAAUGGCAAACUACCAUAGGUUACAAUAGCAGGCAAAAUGGAUGA